UCGGAGCCCGAGCCGAGGUUUUCGCUCCCGCACACGGCGGCAGUCGGCGCUGGCGCGGUGCGCACACCGUGUGUAGCUAGCCGCCGCUAGUGGGCCCGUGUCCGCACCCGUCGCGCUCUCGCGUCGUCCGCCACCGGUGCACUUGAGCCGCCGAACAUUCGCCAUCAGAUAUCGGGACACGAGCUCGGCAGACCACAUCUCGAGUGCGGCGGCCGGCGCUCCUGUGUCUGGUCGGGCGAUGCGGCCCUGCCGCAGCGACCGGAGGUGAAACAGCCCCCGCGGGAAGGAGAAGCCGACGAACAGGCAGGCCCCGUGACACCGCGGCGGCGGUAGGUCGUCCGUGACCGUCGAGGCCCGACCUCUUCCCCGCCUUCGAGCGCGAAGCCGGCCAUGGGCAAGAAGAACAGCAAGCUCAAAGGGGAAGUCGUCGCCCGGCUUGCCAAGGAAACCUACUUUACAGAAAAAGAAGUUCGACAAUGGUACAAAGGCUUUCUAAAGGACUGCCCGAAUGGAUUACUCACAGAACAAGGUUUCCUGAGAAUAUACAAGCAGUUCUUUCCCCGGGGAGACCCCUCCAAGUUCGCAUCACUCGUGUUCAGGGUAUUUGACGAAAACAAGGACGGCUCCAUAGAGUUCGAGGAGUUCAUCCGAGCGUUGUCGGUAACGUCAAGAGGAAACGUCGAAGAAAAGUUAUUAUGGGCGUUCAAACUGUAUGACGUCGACAAUGACGGCUUCAUUACACGAGAGGAGAUGUACAACAUUGUAGAUGCUAUAUACGAAAUGCUGGGUAGCCAAGAAAAAGAAGACGAGGAAGAUGACCCAAGGGCCAGAGUGGACCGCAUUUUCGAACAACUGGAUAAGAACCAGGACAACAAGCUGUCUUUAGAAGAGUUCAAAGAAGGCUCAAAACACGACCCGAAGAUCGUCCAAGCUUUGUCCCUGUACGCACCAUAGUAGACGCUUCCCCUCCACGCCUUUCCUGCCCCCCUCCACCCACGACCCCCGUCUUACCCGCCCGGGCGAGCCGCCCGAAGCCUGUGCGAGGCUCCGCGAAGGCCGCACUCGAAGCCGGCGUGUUACUUUUUUUUUUUUUUUUUUGCUGCGGACAAGAACGAUCCAUCGGGACAGGCAAGAGGGGGUCCUCCUUCCGCUCCCCUUCUCGAGCACUUGCGCUUUCCACGACUCACCGCCGCCUCCUCCGCUCCCUCUCCUGUUCACGCCAAUCAUUUCAAGCCACUGUGUUGCUCUCUCUACCGUUCAUGUCUCUGGCGGAGCGAAGAGGCUGCCAUUGGCGAGUUUCUUAUCAGCCGUCGCCUAUCGAUUUCACUUUGUGUCUCAAGCGCCGGUGAAACGCACACAAUUUUGUGGUGCAUGCACAUAACACGCGACAAGCCUAACUUAUUUCUCUCUCUUCCACAACGUAUCUGGGGAAGGGCAAAUUUAUGUUAAUAUAAUUGGCAUUCUCUCCUGGUACGCGCACGUAAGUCGCAUCGUUUUGACAUGGAAAGGCGCUGCCUCUUCAUGCAUCGUACAUACAUAAAAUCUGGGGUGCCGCCCAGACAUGUUCGGCGGCGAUGUCACGGAGCCUGCAUGUUUCGUGUUGCACACCGAGCGAAAUUCCUGGGGCCUUGUAGAACGCAGGUAUAAAAGAAAUCAACGUGCUAGGAUUGUCGUGUAUUAUAUGUAACGCGACGAGAUGACAGUGAAGAAGAAGAAAAAAUGACCUACGCGUCAUCGUUUCUUUUCCAUUACAUAUCUCGCGAUGCACUUACAAUUAUUUGCUUCGUCCCUCACUGAUUAAUUUUUUUACUCUGCUCUCACGACUGAAUCGGUGCGAGGUUACGAAUCGCUUCUCAAUAAGUCUUUACUUUUCUUGCCUCAUCGCAAGACACAUGACAAGCUUUCUUUUCCUCGUGUCCGUCGAUCAGUCGUUCCUUUUUAAUCAAAGCAGCGAAGUGGACGUUUAACUGGUGUAAGCUUUCUCGCGAUCAGAAAAAAGAAAGGGAAAGAAAAAGAAGCUUUCCAAAGUACGCCAGCAGGGCUCUUUUCUUUUUUCUCUCUAUUUUUUGUGUUCACUUUAUCAUAAAGCCAACCCAUCUAAAACAAAAUAAUGCGGACUUUUAGCAUUGCUUAAAAAAAGAAAAAGAAAAGAAAUUCAGAACGGCCGACGGAAUUGUUGCGCGCUCUCUAUGUUCCUAUGCUUUUCCUUUCGCCUGCAAAGAAAAUAUGCGACCUAAACUACACCCUCAAAACAAGUUAAAAGCGUUAAGGCCAAUCUCGCACUUUUGACGAUAAGUAACAAAGCAUUCGACUUAGUUUUCUAGUUCCUCCUUUUUCAACACGUAAUUAAAUUUUUUUUCUUUUCUGCGCAUUGUGUUGGUCCGGCUCACCUUAACACGUUCAUGCACGCCUGUGAGGGCUCGAGAGAGCGUUGUGAGCAGAUACCGAAUUGCAUACGCACUGAACGAGGCUUUCCGUUCCUAAAAUUGGUUUGCGACUGCCAGGCACUCAGGUGGCUCCCAAUUGAUUGAACUGUGUUGGAAAGAGCCGUUCUUUUACACAAAAGGCUUUGUUAUUCUGGACCUUGUUUUGUGCAAUAUGUUGUUGCUCUCAGAUUAGCCCAGUUGGUUUACAGUUUAUAAUUUCAAGCAGACGUUACUGACAUACAGAAAACUGGCCAGAUCUCAACGCGUUCAGUAAUUGUACAAUCUAACCCUUGUUAUUAUAUAAUUAUCCUCUCACACGCUCAGCAAUACUCCGUUUUCGUCUCCCCACCAUUUUUUUUUAUUAUCACGCUAAACUUCAAUGUCAAAAGCUGUUGUUUCGUACACUGUUUUGAUACUAUGAGAAGAUGGUGGAUGCUUUUCACUAGCUAAGUGAAGGAGCUCAACGCCCGGCUGGGUAUUAUGUAAACCGUCAACACGGACGCCUAUGAUAUGACAAACGCUGUUCAGUUCCUUCGUCCCUGUUAAAUCGCGCUCUCUAUUGUGCAUUUAAAUGUAGCUUCGGCUCAUAAAGAAUAGCUUGCGGAUAGCCAUCUUGUGCGAAUUCAAGGAUCAGAACAGUUAUGCUGUAGGUUGCGUGAAAACCAAUCCGCACCGUCUCCUCGAGCUCCGCUACAAUUUAAUGUCGUUCGGCUGUCCACCUCCUCCUCUUGCUUUUUCCCUUUUUUCCCCUAUUUAUUGCGCUGCCGACAUGUGCGCCUUUAUUUACGGAUGUUAACGCACAGCUAUCACUGUCGUGAAACGGACGCAUUCGCAGUAACUAUAGUGAAAACACGUCUGCUCUCACGAUAUCGGAGCAAUGAAUCGAGCGAUCUCUAAACGAAAGCAAAAACAAAAAAAUGAAUGAGAAUAAGGAUGAUGGCCGCAGCCGCGUCCAUUACGCACCGCUCGCCACAUGGCCACGUCCGACUUGAGGUGAUCGGGAUGCCUCGAUUCGAAACAAGCUCCUUGCCCGAUAUACCCGGUCUCCGUGUAUAGAGCGAGACACGGAAGAUAACAGUUGCGGAAAAGUGUAAUAUUUACGAAUGACGUGCUCUCGUCGCCCAACUUGGUCGCGUUGGCGAGUGUUCUUAAUUUGUUAGUCGCAGAAGUUAAAUCGCUGAAGCUAGGUAAACUGCGGUCAUUUAGCGUGUCACCGCAGUGUCGCUUCGCAGCCCUAGUUUUCCCGGGUGUCGUUCACCCGGAAAGAUGAGACACGGUAUUCGAGAAGACACGUCGUAUCGAGGAGGCCCGAGAUGGACUCGCGCGGGCACGAGUCCAUGGAGUGUUCGCAUCCGGUAUUCCCACAAGGCUAGAGCUCCUUGCGAGUCGGCAGCUCUUUGGUUCGUUGUUUUUCUCGCUUCGCGCUCGCCCGGCAGUUUGUUUGUUUUUGCGGCCAGGGUUCAUUCUUUUUCUCCCCGAAACGAUCCGCCAGGAAGACCCUGUGGGGAAUUCCGGUGUGCCUCGCGGGCGGCAGGAAAAAAAAAGAAAGAGAAACUGCGCAGCACAAUGUUUUUUCUUCUUUAAUUUUAUUCUGUUUACACCGCUAUGUAUCGGAACAAAAAGAAAGCAACCAUCUCAAACCCUCAUUGGACAAUUCCCUUCUUUAUAUACUCCGUUGCUCAGAGAAGUUUGCCCCCUUCUUUCUCACUCUGUGUUCUCAAUCUAUUUCUUUUCUUUCUAUCCCAGUUUUGUUGUACGAAAAAAAAAAAGAACAAAAAUUGACUGGUCCAUUAAGGAGAAUUGAGACUCGGAAGUAGGUUCACUGCGCGCACCGAGCACGACGUGGAUCAGCGGCCCCCAAUCAUGCGACGUGGCCACAGACAAGGUGUUCACGGCGCCAAUCUGUUCGAAUGGGCCACGUCACAUUCGAUGCGCGGAAUGAAUCGACGAUUCGGUGCGCUGUGUUAAUCUUGUUUUAGUAACUACGUUUUGCGUAGGUUCCAUGUUCGAACGCAGCUUGGUUUUCACUCCUGGGCGCUUACUUUUCGCAAAGUAACGCAGUCCAUUCCCCGGAGUCUGUUCUGUAUACGCGUAUAUAGGCUAGGCCAGUGAUAGCGAGCAAGCGGAAAACAGUCCGGUCGCCGAGAUCCCCGCUUUUUAUUUGACCCGCGAGAUCAGCAAUGAAAGCUUGCUUAAAAAAGGAAGCUUACACGAGGAAGCUUGGGCUCUACUCCACCCCCUCCCCCCCCCUUUUUUUUCUUUUUUCUUAGACAGUUGUUUCAAGAAUGAGUUUGCGAAGGCUAACUAUAUUUCACGAUUGUUUCCCCAACCGCUUUCGUAAUUCUUCUCGUCGCUGCAUUUAAGAAAGCCGGUUCAAUUCUUGCGCAAUGACCUGCCCACCUACAGCCCGAACAUCUGAUGGUAUUGUGUCGCGCGUGUGCCUGUUUAAUUGCGCCUGACUAAAUGGGUACCGCAACACGUUAAACCCUGAAAGUAGCAAGUUACACUCCCUUUUUAUGAACGCCCCUGACUUUGCGUGAUAAAGGCCUCUCAGCGUGUAUAAAGGUUGUAAUUUUCUAAACCUUCAGGUAGCAGAGGUUCCAGGGUGAGUGUUUAAACCCCGGUGAUUAACCGCAAUGGAAGGACAAUAUUAUACAGCGCAAGCGCGCGUUAGCCCUGGCGCCUGCAGCAGUGCCGCGGCGCCGCAGCUUCAAGUAUAGCACACUGUGAUAAGCGUGUGUAGGCACGCUUAGGUACGUACGGCUUUAGCAAUUUUAACCAAGUGUCGUAACUUGCAUUCGGUGUCAUUAUUUGCUUGUUUUACUUUUCUUGAUCUUUCCUUCCUUCUGCAAUAAAAGCCAAGCAUGCGUUUUUAACACGGGAUUCAGGUAUACUAUACACAGGAUGGAGCCGCUCCCUACUUUCUUCUAUUGCCCCACAUCAAACUAUAGCGAUUUACUCGUUCAAUACGCGUGAUUACUCUGAAAAGUCUAAAUGGUCCAUUUUGAGCUUUCCUUUCACACGUGCGGUCAUUUCUAUUCCCUCAUGGGCCGACUAAAUUUACUUAUGAGGCGUUCUUGGGGCUAAAUGAAUGUACAAUAUUGUUCUUGCGCAUCAACAGAACCUUCUUCAUUGCAAUUUUGUUUCAUUUUGCAGAAAAUUGUUGAAUUAACUUUGGCAGCGCUUAAGCACACUCUUCUACGCACAUAAAUACAUGUCGAGAACAACAUGAAAGAUAAGAGGAAAGUCUUUUUUUUUUGCUGCUAUUGUACAGUUCGUACGGAAAGAUCAUAUUAAGUCAUUGCAACAUUGAUCUUUCUUGUUAUAGGAAUUUAAAGAACGCACUAGACAGUACUUCAGGGUGGCAUCAGUAUGACUGAUGAACAGGGUUUCUAAGCAUUCUGCGUGCUGAGUGGAUCCGGCUUGCAUUCGCUCACUGUUCGUUGCUUAUAACCGUUGUCGAUAAAACGCAAAUUCAUGUUUAUAGUACGUAUCAAUAUAUUCUUCCGCGUUAUUUCGCAUUUUAUGCGCUUCAUGUAUUCGCAUUUCUUGACGGUAUGCAACAAACUCGAUGUUGCUUUCCACUCUGUUACAGGAUAGGAUAGCAGCAGUAAGAAACCCUGCGUUCUCUGGCACAACAUGUAAUCUCUUACAGUUCAAUCCCCGCUCAUACAAUGUUCUUGAAAGUUAUACACUUACAAGAGCAUGACACAGCAUGGAGAUUUGAAGAUGAGCUUUAACGUGAGCAUAAGAACGUUAUAUCGGUAAGGUUGCCUUUUUUCCCCGGAGUUCGCUACCAAUCAGGGCAGACAAUUUUAAGGGUAAUUUUAGUUCACCUACAUCCAGUUCAUGGCUCCUGUUCGGAACUACUAACUAGAUAUGUCUGUUAGCAUAUAAUAUACCGUUCAUAUAUGUAUCGUUCUGCGUGUAUUUAUGUAUAAUUGCCUUAUGAGAGCGCUUUCUUUUUUCAUUGCCUCUUAACAUCUUACAUUUACCUACGUUUGAGACCGGUGAUUACCGUUCCGACAAGCAUUCCACUACUAUUCUCUAGACUUUGAGCAAUCUAUUGCUUUCAUUUACGUGAAAAGAUCACAGAGAGUGCACCACCAUGAAAAAAAAAAAAAAAGCCAAGCAUGAUCUCAAGGUUGUGGACCAACUUUUAUCACAUUCUUUCUUUUUUGCGACACGCGAUGCGCAACAUGAAAACGUAUUAUUUUCAUAAUCCGGGGACUAAGCCUGACGAAGAAGAGGAAACUGAGUAUUGCGCCGUUGCAGCUUUCGGGCUGCGGUAAGGGGCGAAAACAGCGACAAGCCUUGCGGUAUUCGCGACACCGGGACGUAAUUAAACCUUCAAGUUUCCGCCGAAAAGUAUUAUUUCGACACGCGAAUUACUCUCUACUUUUUCGUUGUGCUUCACGUGGCUUCGCGUUCAGAUACUGCAGUUACGCACCCGAUCACCCCCUGCUCCACUUCUUUCUCCUCUUCCAUCCUCUUUUUAUCGCUAAGGCGCGAAAGCAGGAUGCGCGCACUGUAACAUAUUCAAAAGGCGUACACGAACAGCCCGGUCCUUCACAGCUUACGUCCCAUUCACUUCAGGUCCAAGCUGCGUUAAACAACAGGGGAAACGCUGCAUCACCAUCAACUCCAGCCGCACACAGACACCACACUCAUAUCGUCCGAAAGCACUUUCUUCGAAGCGCGCGUCGCCUGACACCCGCACGGAGGAAUUGUCGUAAAUGCCACUACUCGAGCCGCCACUGUCUCUACUCGUCACUGCGCUACGAAGAGUAGCUGCCAAACUGUGCCGAAAUCUUUAAAGAAAAGAAAGAGCCAACUGCAGAGUGCGUCAUUUCAGAAAUGUACGACUCGUUCGAAUUGUCACAUGCUGCAAAUAAUUAGACGUAAGCGCCUGUAGCGAUGCCUGUAGCGAAGAAAUGUAAUUACGUUGGUUUCGGGAAUGCAGGCGCGACGUGAAAACGGAACACGAAGAAUCUGCGGCCAACUAGCUCAAGAGAAGGAAGAGCUCAGCUUUGUAAUUUCGUUUCUCUCUCUCUUCUUCCCAGUUGUUGGCGUUUGACCACCGACUUCCAAAACCACAGUACGCUUUACGGCUGCUGCCCUCGGGCCGAAUUCUUUGUACGCAUAUCACACAAGCGUCUUCGACUUUAGUCGCAGCCCGCACAACGGAGAGGCGUAGGCGAUAAAUCAUUUUUUUUCUUCUUUAUUUUCCGCCUCGGACGAGUGAAAGAGUCACAAAUCGUCUUCUCUUCUGAUUACCCGCAAGUUCGGUGCAAUGAUUUUUGAUCAAUAUAUACAUAGCCACCGAGAACUCUUGCAGAACUUGAAGAGAGCUGCCAACAGGCGUCGCAGCAUUAUAUCAGUCCCACGCACAUCUCACGUAGGCUGUUGUAAUGCACCGUUUCCGUUUUUAUUUCGCUAUCAGCAGCACUCCCUUGAAGGAAAGGGGCAACUAUCGUGGCAGUUUGAAGUCGGAGGACAGUAAUUUUAAAUUGAAGCGCUUUAUUCAAUUUCUGGUUUGCAAUUGUCUGGGCAUGACGACACUGGCAAAUUCACGUUUACCGGGCGACUCGUCCAUCGGCAGGUGACCUAACACCGAGGUGAUAUUGUCGGUUUAGGCUGCAGACGAUUUGACACCACUUGCUCUCUAAGUAAAAUCCUGUGUCGUCGCGACACGAGAACGGGCAGCAAAUGUUGGUAAACUUGCGAAGGAAUACCACAUAGAUGUACCGCUUGUGUUUCUUCUCGAUUUUCGUGAGCCGCUGGCUCUUGUGGUGGUAUUCACGACCCUAAGUAGCCCGAAGAAGCGCUCGGUUGAAGCGCUCGUCCACCGUCGGUCGUAACUGCCGUUGUAAAGGUAGUCUCCGGCCAUGUGCCACGAGGUUGCCUCUCUUCCGAAAGGUGCGCCAAAGUCACCUGCGAGGGCCAUCACGGUGAAGCUCGCCGCUCGUCUGCAGCCAGGCGCGCGCAUGCUUUACGCGUCGUUGGCCUCCUCGGAGAUUGCACCACGAGGCUUGCAAGACUCAUCUCUGGGUUUGUUUUAAGCCAACUUUCGCUCGACAUCUGCCGCUAAUCCCAACGGGCAUCUCGCAUAUGGGCAUCACGAUAAACGCAUAACUAAUCCAACUGAAAGAAAAGAAAGAAAAAAAAAAUCGCGCGUUUUCACAUUCCGCGAGCGCUGUCUAUGGGUCUCUGUUCCUCUAUGUUGUCACUAAUCCCCCUUUCCACUUCGGCGGCGGAGAGAGAGAGGCGUAGGAGGAGGCUACACAAAGCAACGAGGUCGAGCUGUACACGGUGUUGGAACCUCGCUUUAUCAGUCUUGCGGUGCCCUCUUUUAUCGCACGCUACGCUUAACUGUACAGUUCUCGCACAGUCGAUGUGACAGGGUCUCUCGAUAGGUUUCUGGACGACAGCAUAGCGUUCGCUGUACCCUCUUCUCUCAGAACAGCCAGAACCUUGCCACAUCUUUUUUCCUCCUCGGCAAACACCUGCCGCCAUUAAAUAGACAUUGGAGAGCAACGCCAAAUCAGCUUAAAAUGGUAAAGUAUUCUUUUCCAACUCCAUAUUCGUUAAUUUCGCAGUAAUAGAUCGAUUAUUAAAGAAUAACUAGGACCAAACUUUACUCAAUUUCGUGGCGAAAGAUCAGCGUCGGUGGAAACAGUGUGGAGUCACAGAUUUUGAAGUACUUGUCCAGGUUUGGGACGUCUUGGCACAUAAUAGGUUUCCGAAACUUGCCAGGUUGAGUGUUUGAUUAUAUUGUAAUGUGAUAUACUCCUCUUCUAACGAUAAACAAUUACUUAGACCCCAACAGACGCCAUGAAAGUUCAUGGCGUCACGGUAAACCGAUGCGGGAACAUUAGCGACACGUUUCUGACAUACUAAGCCACCUUUUUAGGUAUAAGUCACUGCUUUGAUUUUGCUGAAGGUUAAUUUACAGAUACACUGUAACUUAAUAUUCCUCUUCCAGUUAUGGUCGUCCAGCGCGAAGCAUUAGGUGAGUGGCCUCGCGUGAAAGAGCACUUCGCACGAAGCGCUCCAGUCGAACGCAUGUAUAGCGAGAUCACCUAUCGCGACCAGUCUUCUUGUCUUCGUCUUUUCUUCGAGGCCUUAGGUUUUCUAGUCUUUUUGCAGGCAUUCUUCCAUUUAUUGAUUUAAUUAUGAAUCAUAUUAGCUUCGCGAAUUUGUAUACAAACUUGAAAUUCACCCCUCUGUUUUUUUUUUUCGGUAGCUUUUCUGACGCUGUUGUCCUCCUAUAAUGUAGCUUGAUUCAUUUUGCACGGUGUCACCACGCUACAUGUGCCCAUCUCACGGCCCAGUGCUGCGUACCCAAUCAGCGAUGCUGUCGCAAUUAAGUGCGACUCGUCGUACUAAACUAACUUGUUGCGGUAAGGCACCCGACGGAGCAUAUCAUUUGAGCGUUCGCUUCUUCUUCCUCCUUCUGCUACGCUCUCUCUCCCGGUCGCACUCUGCUGUGUUUAGUGCUCUCACUGUUCUCAUUACCUUGUCUGGUUCUCCCGGAGCGCUCCCUUUAAGUCGCAGCUAUUUGCUGUUCCUGCGUCAUGUGUCAUUUGCCACGUCCCCCCGAUUCGCGGUACCAUUGCAGCCUCCUCAAAAAGACUACUGCUAGUGCUACCACCGCCACCACUACCCGAGUCGGUCGAAGGCUAUGUCAUACGUUAGUUAGAAUGUUGUUUCUUGAAAGGUUGUGGUCCAAUUUUUUCUCUCACGCUGCAGCGCACGGCAUCUGUCUGGUAGGAAGUCGGUAUGCGGAGGCAGUGGGCGGUAUUGCUUCCCCCCCCCCCUAUUUUUUUUUUUAAAUUUUACUGGAGUCGGAGAGGCGGGCACAACGCUUUAAAGUAUGAGUAGCGUUCACGCGUCCUUGUUUCUGUCUAGAGUUGGACAGACAGGAGGUGCAUAAGCAUUUCUGCUUCAAUAUUUAAUGCAGUCAGAUGGGUACGUCUGUCAGCGGGCUAUAAAUCAUGCGAGUGGGCAAACACAUUCUUUUCCAAGCGUGCAAGAUGACUGUUUUUCCUUGCGAGUUUCCCUGUUUCUUUUGUUUGUUUGUUUACCAUAUCGUUACCACUCUGGGACUGUAAGAAAAAGAAACCGCUGUUAGCUGUACCAUAGCGUCAUGUGUUCUGUGCCGGUUUGGGUUUUGUACCGUGCUUCCUCCAGCCGGUCGCCGUGCGCCGACGAUGUAUCAUUCCAGGCGUGCCGGAUGGACAUAGCUGUACUGCCCAAAGGUGAAGGUUGCCUCGUACACUGUGGCACUUGCGGCACUGCAGCUGCUGUGAGCCAUUCGUUUUCAUGCGCGGCGGGUAGAAUUGCUGGUGCCAGUCAUUGCAAGCACACGCCUCUCUGUCUCUCGUUUUAUCUUGAGAAAUCGUGUUUGUUGUGAGAUGCUGCGUCCGGACAGCAGAUGCUCGUGAAUAAACCAAUCGCGGGCCGAAAGCGAGUCAGCAUUGCAAUUGGCGGCUCAAAGGCGCCCCUCCGCGAAAUGUUCGAAUUGUCGAGGGACGUCGGGACUGCAGUGUGCAUUGUUGUGCCGUAGAAGCUCAGCGUUCUUUAGAGUGCAUUACCGGGAGCUUUCACUUCGACGUGUCAAAAACUGUGGCUGUUUUCCUUUUUGUUGUCUUUGUCGUCAUUGUUGUUGUUGCUGUUGGUUUUUAAGAAGUAAAUUCAUCGCGACGAAUGGGUGACUUGCAAAGAUGCUGCCUAUGCCAAUAACCGCUUGUGCGUGGUGAACGUCGUCUGCAUUCAGGUAUUCGGUGAAUCAGACUUGGAGAAGGCUCGACACUCAAUGGGCAUAUCUUUACCGUUGAUGAUGAUAGCGCUUCUUUUGUUUAAGGCGGUGAUUAUAGUAGUAAAGAAAAUGGUUUUUUUUAUAUGGUAGAAUGGGUGUUUACGAUUGAAUAUUCCAACGGAAAAGCGUCUAACUUGUCGUGCAAACUAAUCGAACACAUUAUUAGUGCACCAUUAUCUCCAUUCUGUCUAAAAAAAAAAAAAGUUGAUACACGUGAUACUGCUGCAAUGCUUUCGUUCGGAAAUUGCUACUGUUGUUAAAAAAUAAAGGGCUGUGCGAAAUUUUGGAAGUAAAAUCCCGGUUUCUGGUGGUGUCAAAGCGUUCUGCUUACCCAACAAAAGAAAUUAUAUAUAUAUAUAUAUAUAUAUAUAUAUAUAUAUCGCUGCUAUACCAAUAAAUCUCAGUGUGAAAGUUGGUGCAGUGCACAAAAACGGCAUUACGGCGCUGCGGUUUCAUUUCCCGACUAAGCGGUAUUAACGUUGUCGGCGUUAUCUGGCGGGAUUGGUGUCGUUUAUUUUAUUUUAUUUUUUUUAUUUCUAUAGUUGGCGUGUGGUCUUACUACGACGAUAGGCGUGCAUUGACCACAGGGAAACAGUCUUUAGGUGCAGCGCAGACUGAGCGACUAUAUUUUUCACAGCAAUCAGUGCUGAAAACUUCUUGAUCAUCAAGCUUGGUAGGAGUGUUAUCGUCGUUUGCUUGCUUUUGUUUUACCUUCUGCGAUUGAGUCGCAUUCACGGAAAGUAAGCCGCUACCUUCACGCACACUUGCGUCAAGGUAGCGAUCUUCCACCAAAAGUCACCAGUGCUUAACAGCGCAGCCGACGUAAGGCGCGCUUGUUUCCUCUCUGUAUUCGCCUUUUUUCUAUCGGUAUUGCUCCGAUUGUUAAUUACAGAAGGUUGUUCUCCGAACUGUAAACUUCAACCAACAACUAAAACAGCAACAACAACAACAACAACAACAAAAGAAGUUGAAUGUUUCGAUGGAGAGAUUGCAUGGUACGAGUGAGAGCCUUAAAGUGAGCAUCCCAGCACCUGAUGGCAAUAAUGGGCCAUGUCCUGUUCGGCACGCCCGAAAUCUGUGUUUCUCUUGUGAUUAUGGUGAUGACGGUUACAGUGAAGUUUUUGAGAACACAAUCAUUGUUUACGGACUUUCACACAGCCACUGUUGCAUAUUAUAUUGCCCGUUUAUCCUUGCCCCACCUCACAGACCAAACGGCGUUCACACAAUACUUGACGCUAUUUUGAACCUAUUUUGAUGUUGGUUGCUGUAUUCAUGGUAUGUGUUUAUGUGGGUGUGGUUAUCCCCCUCCCAAUGAGAACAUGUGACAGAUUUGAAGCAAUGACGGUGGGGGAAAAAAAGAGGACCGGAGAUAUUUGUAUAUAUACAGCCUAUUUACACCUAUACAUAAUGUAGGCAGUUAUACACUCUAAACUCUAUAACAAUAACAAAAUCAAAUUCACUGCUUUAAAAAAGGUGACACUUUUAAAGGAUGCAUUGUAUAAAUGCGCAAAAAAGGUGGAAAGAAACUCUAUUCGGAGCACUUUCGAUUCCUCCCACGCUGUUCAUACCUAAGGCGCACAUCUAGACAUUGCUGACCGUUUUGUAAAAACAAUUCUUGGAAACGAAAUAAAUGUUACAUGUUUCUCUG